AUGACUCAAAGGAUGGAAGAGUCUGAUGCAGAGGAAGGAGGAAAUGGCUCUCCAGAAGAAGGAAGUGAUGAGACUGAGAGUGAAGAGGAAGGAGAAGAGGUGAAUCAAUUGGUUGAAGAGAGUAACCAAGAUGAACCAUGGAGGAGGUUGAGCCAAAGAGGAGCACAAGAGGAGGAGAAGCUCCCCAUGUACCAAGAGCACUACAAUGCUCUCUUCUCCAUGGACUUUGUGGAGACCAAGUACCCACAUGUUGACACAAUGAAGGCCCUUGGAAUCUUUGAGGAUGUGGAGCUUUCUCAAGAACAUGCACUUGGCCAAGUUUUCUCUUAUCACAUGGAAUCCUACAAGGAGCUCACUUGCGAGUUCUUUGGCUUCAAUGAGGCAGUUGGAGAUCUUUUUGGGUUCAACUAUGGAGAAGGGUACCAAGUGGAACUUCAAGGAAAGGAACUCCAAAGGGUUUGGGCUACAAUCGCUGAUGGAGGUACUCUUCCUCAAGGUCCAAGGCUGCUCAAAUCAGGAGCCCAGUGCUUGAGGUAUGUGCACAAGGCACUUGCCAACACCUUCUUUGCAAGGAAGGCACCGGGACCAUCAACGAGGGGGAACUCAAGUUUCUUGACAUGGGAAUCAAGCCCAUCUCUCACGCACAAGGAUGGCAAGAGGAUCAAGGGAGAUAGAUCUGACACAGGGAACUUGAUGCCUUCCUUGACCAUCUCCUCACCUACAAGACACAGCCUACAACACUAG